UUGCAGUCGACUAUCGAUGUGCAGGUUCGAAUGGCGUCAUAAAUGUCGCCCAACAGGGUGUUUUUGGAGAGGUGGCGGCUGUACCGCAUUGAUGCCGGUGCGGGUUCGUGCGUCAUGCGGCUACAGAAGGUGAAUGAGUGACUGCUGAGAAUCAAUCAGUAACUGGCCACCUGUGGGUCAUGUGCCUGCGAUGCAGCGCCGCUGAUUUAUUGAUAUUCUUAAAGCGUCUUACACGAGCGCAUAAAGCGAGGAAGGCGAGCGCGAGCUUUGCGAUGGACGCCACGCGUUUACGCGUUACAUUAGACGCGCGGCGAGCGGGUGUAACUGGUGGAGAGACAGGCAUUCUGUUGUAGUAUCGAUAAAAGGACGUGAAAAGUGUGAUUUCGCUCUCAAAUUAUCGCGAAAGGAAGCGUCUUCCUCGCUAUUUGCGGAUUCGGAUGGAAACAGAUUGAGGCGCAUUGGACUCCGGACCGAGAGGAUGCUGAGGAUGAUGCUGGUUUAGAUUGUUUAUCAUCUUCGUAAUCACAAUGUGCAAGUGUUGCAAACAAAUGGGCUAUUGAUAACCAUGUAAUAGCUGGAGGAAUGUUUAGUUCAGGUAACAUCUCCGUGGAAAUCGGCGUCUCUCAUCUGGAUUAACUCCUCAGGAAGAUAUGAUUCACCUAGUCACUUUUAUUAGCCUCGUUCUGUCUCUGUUCGGAUGCCACAUCUGCUCUGCAGGGGCGAACCGCCCUGCUGCUCCUGUCAAUGUCUCUGUUACUCACCUGCGGGCGGAUUCGGCCACUGUGUCCUGGAAUAUUCCGGAGGGAGAGACCGUAAUUGGCUUUGCCAUCUCACAGCAGCGUCAGGACGGGCUGAUGCAGCGUUUCAUUCGUGAGGUGAACACGACCAGUCGUGCUUGUAUACUUUGGGAUCUGGAUGAAGACACAGAUUAUAUUAUCCAGGUCCAGUCCGUUGGACUCUAUGGAGAGAGUCUGGCCAGCAAAAAGAUUCACUUCAGGACUCUUAAAAUGUCUGAACAUUUUCAAUCCACCAUGAUGGAUCAAGAUGACCCUGCGGUUGAGGGUUUAGACAUUUCCAGACAGCUCCAGACUGGAGAGAUACUGAUCAUCAUGACUGUACUGCUGAUGUGGGCAGCUGUGAUUGUGCUCUUCUGUAAGCAAUAUGAUAUCAUCAAAGACAACGACUCCAACAGCCACAGUAAAGAGAAGAGCAAGCCGCUGUCCGGCCAGAGCACCCCAGACUAUCAUCACGGAGGCCUUCUGGGCAGCAAGUUCCAAAGGACAUCAUCCUCCAUCAGCAUCAUUAAGGUUUAACCACGGCAUCAUCACACAUCAGCGGAUCAGCUCACCUCAUCUUCUGAUAUUCAAGCGUUAAAGGCAAUAGUAACAUGAAGCUCUCAGCUCCCUCAGCCACAUCGGGAAUUAAGGUAGUAUACGGGUAUUCAGUAGUACAGUAUACUCCAAUAAACAACAGUGUCAUGGAUGAUGAACAUACUGUACCUCUUUAACUAAUACAUCAACUAUAAUCACGGGAGGAGCGUUAUCGGUGCUAUGAAUAUGAUUGUGAAAACACCGGCAGCCGGAUACAGCGGUUUAGAUGUGUGAUGAUGGAUUUUGUGUGUGAAUGUGUUGCACUGAAAGAGGAUUAAUAAUUGUAACAAUUACAAAUGUGGCAUUUCUCAUUAAUAUGUGUAAAUUAUGACAAUAAAUUCAUCAUCAGCCACAGAAGUGGCCUUAUAUUAUGCAUUAUUAAUUUCUAACCACAGCAAACAGCAUAUCAGUGGCUUGUUUUAUGUUUUUAUUAAUUAUUAACACUGUUAUUAAAUGUUUCACACCCUUGUAGAGUUGAUUGUUGAGUGUUCAACAGUGAGGUUUCAGAUCCAGUUCAGGAGUGUCCACGUUCAUAAGAAAUGGUAUUUCUGUGCCAAAUCAGCUCAAGUUUCUAUUUUGAGCUUGUAAAUUAAGAAGUUAGUAAAAUGUCUACCCUGUCAUUGUAAUGUGCGUAGUUCAGAAAAGACUUAUUUUAUUGUUAUAUAUUUUUUCUCGAUUCUCUAAAUAAGAAGUUUUGAUUAAGUUAUAUACUAUAUAUAGUAAUUUAGCUACACUUAGCUGUAGUUUUAGGCAAGAGAUAAAGAAUGUAGUUUAAAAUCUGCAUUUCAUUGCAAAAGUUAGAAGCAAAGUUUGUUAAUAUUCUUGUUCUCAAUCCUACUUUCCAAUAAAUGGAAAAUUAAAAACCA